GAGUGAUCAUUGCGCUUACCGCCGGUGGAGAGCCGCACAGCGCCGAGGAAACAGACCAUGAUGAAGCCGGCAGAGAGGAGCGGGGAGGCCGGCUCCAUCACUCAGCUCUCACCGCUUCUGCCCCGUUUUUCCCAGCCUCCCACCGCUGGGGGCGCCAGAGCGCCAGGUGGCGGAAGUUGCUGUUGACGCUCAGUGUUGUUGUCGUGCUUCCACUUCCGCCCGAAAAGCAGCGAUGUCGCUGUACGAUGACCUCGGUGUGGGUGCCAGCGACACCAAAACUGAAGGCUGGUCCAAGAACUUCAAGCUGCUCCAGUCCCAGCUGAAGGUGAAGAAAGCGGCUCUGACCCAGGCAAAGACCCAGCGGAUGAAACAGACCACUGUUCUGGCACCUGUCAUUGAUCUGAAAAGAGGAAGUUCCAGUGAUGACCGGCAGAUCACCGACACGCCGCCACACGCUGCCGCUGGCCUCAAGGAUGCAGUUCCCAGUGGCUUCUCCUCCGGCGACGUGCUCAUCCCGCUGGCAGAUGAGUACGACCCCAUGUUCCCCAACGACUACGAGAAGGUCGUGAAGCGUCACAGAGAAGAGCGGCAGCGGCAGAGAGAGCAGGAGCGGCAGAAGGAGAUCGAAGAGAGGGAAAAGAAAAGGAAAGAAAGGCAUGAAGGUGGAGCUCCGAGUGGUUUCUCCCGGUUCCCGGCAGCAGAGGGCGACUCGGAUGAGGAGGAGGAUUAUGAGAAGGAGCGAAGGAAGCGGAGUAUGGGAGGAGCAGCCAUCGCGCCACCUUCGUCACUCGUGGACAGAGAUGGCUCCUCUUCAUAUUCCUACGAGGAUGAAGGUCGUCCUUCUCGAGGCUCCAAGGCUGCCAUCCCUCCGCCGAUGUACGAGGACUCCGACCGGCCCCGUUCUCCUCCCGGCCCCACCAGCUCCUUCCUGGCCAACAUGGGAGGCACGGUGGCCCACAAAAUCAUGCAGAAGUAUGGUUUCAAGGAGGGCCAGGGCCUGGGGAAGCACGAGCAGGGUCUGAGCACGGCGCUGUCGGUGGAGAAGACCAGCAAGAGAGGCGGGAAGAUCAUCAUCGGAGACGCGGCGGAGAAGCCAGGCUCAAGCCAGUCCGGCGUUGCUGAGGCUCCAGGCGGAGGCUUUCCAGCCGACCCCUCCAAGAAGUCAGAGAUGAACCCGCUCACAGAGAUCCUGAAAAACCCCACCAAAGUGGUCCUCCUGAGGAACAUGGUCGGCCGAGGAGAGGUGGACGAGGACCUGGAAGGAGAGACGAAAGAAGAGUGCGAGAAAUACGGGAAAGUGGUUAAAUGCGUCAUCUUCGAGAUCGCCGAUGUGCUGGACGAUGAAGCAGUCAGGAUAUUCCUGGAGUUCGAGCGGGUGGAGUCGGCCAUCAAAGCCGUGGUGGAUCUGAACGGGCGGUACUUCGGCGGGCGCGUUGUCAAGGCCUGCUUCUACAAUCUAGACAAGUUUCGGAUCCUGGACCUGGGCGAGCAGGUCUGAUGCUCCUCAGACUCUUUCAUCAUUUGUACAUACUUUUUCUUUCUUUUUUUUUUUUUUACAUUUCCUCAACAAAGUGUCUGUAGACGAAGCCUUGCUGUAGACUUUUGUUUUCUGUUCUAAAACACCUUCAUGUGAAGAUAAAAUAAAGUGUAUUAAGAUCUCA